AUGUUCGCCAAAGAAGGAAAUAACGCCGCUGCUCGUCAGGCCUCUUGGGAAACCGAACUUAUGGCCCGUGAAUUGGCUAGAGAAGCCGUUAGAAAUGUUUACUCCCCAAGAUCUCGAAUGGUGAGGGACUUGCAGAGGAUGCAUGAACUAGUCCCCACGGCACUGGAAAUGCACCGGACCAAGGUCCGAGCCCUUCAUCCAGAAGAAGAAGAAAAGAUGCUCUACCAUUUCCUCUAA